AUCUCCCCCCCUCAACUUAAAACCAUUUUCCCUUGUCCUGCUGUUAUCUACCCUUAUGAAGAGUUGUAAAUUUCUGUUUAUGAAGAUGUAAACUUUCUUUUUAGAAUUUGGAGAUCACAAGGGAAAUAACUUGCCCUGUCUUCCAUCUGACUGUGUCUGACACUUUGGCACCUAACCAGAUCGUUUCAGGAAGACAAAGUACAACCUGACCUGUGGUGGUGCAGAUUAAAUGGCGACACUAAUUCACACUUUAAGAGAUCAUAGUGAUGAUGUCAACUGCUGUGCCUUCUCAUCGUCGUGCUUGGCUACUUGUUCCUUGGACAAAUCAAUUCGUAUUUACUCCUUAAAUGACUUCACUGAGCUCCCGUACUCACCUUUGAAAGGUCAUACAUACGCUGUCCACUGCUGCUGCUUCUCUCCGUCAGGACACACUUUGGCUUCGUGUUCCACGGACGGUGCUACCAUCGUUUGGGACGCUCGUGAUGGUCGGAUGCUGGCAGUGCUGGAGCAGCCCACUGGCAGUCCAGUCAGAGUCUGCCGCUUUUCUCCUGAGUCCUCUUAUCUGGUGUCAGGUGCAGCUGAUGGAAGCGUUGUUCUUUGGAACAUGCACUCAAUGAAAAUCUACAGAUCUGGAAAUGUUAAAGAUGGUUCUUUGGUGGCCUGUGCUUUUUCUCCAUGUGGAAAUUUCUUUGUCACUGGAUCAUCAUGUGGUGAUUUGACUGUUUGGGAUGAUAAAAUGAGAUGUCUGUGUAAUGAAAAAGCACAUGAUCUUGGCGUUACCUGCUGUGAUAUUUCUUCACAUCCAGUUUCUGAUGGUGAACAUGCGUCCGGAUACUUCCAGAUGGCUUCUUGUGGUCAAGAUAAUAAGAUCAAAGUCUGGUUUAUUUUGUUUGCAGACUUCUUAGGUGGUGAAUUAAGAUAUAAAUGCACAUUGAGUGGACAUUCUGCCCCAGUUCUGGCUUGUGCGUUUUCUUAUGAUGGGCAGAUGUUAGUCUCAGGGUCUGUGGACAAGUAUGUCAUAAUAUAUGAGACUAAUACUGGAAAUAUCCUUCAUACUUUGUCUCAGCAUACCAGGUAUGUCACAACUUGUGCCUUUGCACCACAUAGUCUCUUACUUGCCACGGGUUCAAUGGACAAAGCUGUGCACGUGUGGCAACUGGACAAUAGGCAGCCCUGUGCAGGAAACGCUAUAGAAAGUAACUCUAAGAUUAGAACUGCUGAGAACUGGUCAGAGGAUGAUGUUUCAGCCUGGCUUUGUGCACAGGGCUUCGCAGAACUUGUUGGGCUUUUCAAAGUAAAUAACAUCGAUGGGAAAGAACUCCUGAAUCUUACAAGAGAAAGUCUGACUAAUGAAUUAAAAAUUGAGUCUCUUGGCCUGCGCAGUAAAAUCCUCCAAAAGAUCAAAGAGCUGAGGAUAAAAACGGUCUCUGUUUCCAUUGCUGUUCCUGAUGAAUUCUUAUGCCCUAUAACACGGGAGCUCAUGAAGGAUCCUGUCAUUGCAGCAGAUGGGUAUUCCUAUGAAAAGGAGGCAAUAGAAAACUGGAUCAGCAAUAAGAGACGAUCUAGUCCCAUGACAAAUCUUCCUCUUCCCAGUCUUGUGCUUACACCCAACAGGACACUGAAAAUGGCCAUCAGUCGUUGGCUGGAGACUCAGCAGAAAUGUGGUGAAACCACUUCGUUUUGAAGUUGUCUACUAAAAUGAAGAACGAGAGAUGGGGAGAAAUCAAGGCCAGCUUCCCUGUGACUCUGUCAGAUUGCAAAGAAGGAUCAGACCUGCCAGUGCCCCUGCCGUACUGCGCAGAAGAGCGGCGGAACGCCCCUCCUGUUAGCUCUGCUCACAGCUGCUCCUCGUUCAAGAAGUAACUCGCAGACUUCCAGUUUUCCUCUUCCUGCAGCAGCUGUCAAGGCUAAAAGAAGCAUUCUCAUCAGCAUCUUCUCCUAGCUGUUUUAACACAUCCUUUGACACACACAGAUUCUAUCAGUGCUAAGGACCUCCUAUUUUUUUUCCAAUUCAACUGCCCCACAAGAUUUUCUUAACUAUUUCAGACUGGAAUGGAUUAGUCAAAAGCAGGUUAAGCCAGUAACCCAAAGAUAUUCUGUGGUAAAUCAGAAAGUAAUUCUCACAGAUAACAACUACAUCACGUGCACAGCCUGUAGGUUAAAGAGAAUCUUUAUGGAAAUGUUGGAUAAAACCACUGGCCUAUCUUUGAGGCAGUUAAAGCUCUUUUUUCCUUAAUGUUCUUUUUCCUGUGAGAAGAAAUCUGCUGCUCGUUCCAGCAGGCCCUUCCCAAAGGAAGCAACAGCUUUUUAGCUUAUGGUAUAACUGAUUUAGAACAACAAUAUAACUCUAUUCGAGCAUGAGAUUACAGAACCCUUAAACAUCAUCACCACUCAACCCUGCUCAGGAAUUCCAACCACUCCACUGAAAAUCACCUGAUACAGUACUCUGCAAAAGCUCUGCCCACUCUGUCCCAAGAAAGAAGGAAAGAAUUUAAAUGAACAGCUAAACAAGCAACUGGUGCAGAACAGAAGCUGUAAGAACAGUUCAUUAAGAUGAAAAAAAAAACCCAGUAAUUU